GCAACACCCAUUUCCUACCCAUUUCCUGCUGCUCGGCGGCCGGGAGAGCUCCCCGGAUCCCCGCUCCCAGCGCAUCCUUCCCGGGGACACCGCCACCUCCCCGGGACAGCGGCUGCCGAGGAGUCCCCGGGGGUGGCCGCGGGGACCCGACGCCACCAGCAGUGGCCGCUGGCCGGGCCGCACGUCAUGAGCCAGCGCCGGUGGCCCUGAGCGCCCGCCUGGGGACAUGUCCCCGCCCGGGGACCUGCGGCUCCGCCGCGUCCUGCUGCUCGGAGAGGGCAACUUCUCCUUCUCCGCGGCGCUGUGCGGGGCCCAGGGCACGCACGUGGUGGCCACUUGCUACGAGAGCGAGGAGGAGGCGGCCGGGAGAGGGGGAGCGGCGCGGAGCAUCCGCCGGCUGCGGGACAGCGGAGCCGAGGUUGUGUUUUCCGUGGACUGCACCAAGCUGAAGGAGCAUUUUUUACCGGGAAAACGGGAAUUUGAUCGUAUUUAUUUCAACUUCCCUCACUGCGGGAGAAAAGCUGGGGUGGUGAAGAACAGGCAGCUCCUUGCACGCUUUUUCCAUAGCUGCUCAGAAGUGCUGGCACAGGAGGGAGAAGUCUAUGUGGCCCUUUGCAAUGGCCAGGGAGGGACUCCUGCGGACCAGCCCAGGAGGGAGUGGCACAACAGCUGGCAAAUCGUGGCUGUGGCGGCAGCAGCUGGAUUUAUCCUCAGCGACGUUCAUCCUUUCAAAGCAGAGACCAUCCGUGGAUACAAAUGCACAGGUUACAGGAGUCAGGAUAAAUCCUUCUGUGUAGAGGGUGCUUUGAACCACGUUUUCACGCGGGGCACAGCACCCCUGUGUUUCACACCCAUGAGCUGCAAGACACAACUGGGGAGCCAAAAAGUUUCUUUUCAAGUGCCACAAGUCCUCCUGGAUAAAAUUAAUAGGGGUUUCCUCGAAGUGAAUUCGAGUCAUCCAGUAAGGACAAUAAAGGAGAAGCUCAGUGCAGGGCUCAGCCAAGCUUUUCCACUGCAGAACACCAGCUCCUGCCUUCCUCUGCUCCACCAAGGUCACCCCGAUGGUGUUUGCCACUCCAACAUCUUCUGGAUCACUCUGAGCCCAGAGGAGGCUCCAAGCACUGAGAAAACGUCUCAGGGACUGGAAAACACAGAUUUGUUUUCUCAUUUUGGCCAGGACACAGAUAAGAAUGUACAAGAAGGAUGCUCAAUUCCGAAGCAGUUUUAUCUUAGGCCUUCCCUCCUGCCUCAUGCUCAGGCAAUAAUAAAAAAAGGAGCUUUUUCUCCAGGGACACUUCAGGUUCUUUCCGGGCCAGUUUUCAGGAAAUGUCGGAUCACUCCCCACUCCAUGCCUGUUUUCCAUGAGAUGCUCGUUGUGCUUGCAGUUGGCAGGGGCACAGAGAGCAGCUGUAUCCAGAUGUUGGUGGAUAACAUUAAAACCACCGUGAAUUCUCUUUACCAGGGCAUUUCUGGCAUCAAACCCAACAUCAGCCUGCAGGAAGCGACAAGCUUUGGAACUGAGCUAAGUGACUUUGCUGCUCUUGAAUGGCAGCUUGGUGAAAUUCAGCAUUUCCUCUGUGUGGGGACAGACCCAGACCCCUCAGGUUCCUGUGUGGGGGUUAUCAGGACAGCUCCUGAUGAAUUGAAGAGCCGUGAGCUGGUUGUUGUCUCAGCCUCGCUGAACCUGGACCUCCUGGCCAUGCUGCUGUGUGGAAUAUCCGACUGGAGAAUGCUCUGGACAUCGGACAAGCGCUUCCUCAGGCAGUUUCCUGAGGGAGAGUUGAGGCUUUUCAAGAGUUUUUCCCUCUACCCACCUUCCUACGUGCACGAUGUCAGCUUCUGGGUUCCUGACGGGGAGGAGUUUGAUGAGGUGGCUUUUCACACCCUUGCCAGGAGGGUGUCUGGUGAAAUGGUGGUUUCCAUCCAGCUGAGGGAUGAUUUCCAGCAGCCAGGGACAGGACGGAGGAGCCUCUGCUACAGGGUGACUUUCCAGUCCUGUGACAGGGCCUUGGGCUGCCGGGAGGCAGCAGAGAUGCAGCUGCACUUUCGGGAGGAAAUACAGCAACACCUGGCUGUGACCCUGAGGUAGAACACCUCCCGAGGGGCUGCAGCAGCUCCUGUGCCAGUUCCUGACCUGGAAAAUGCCACCUGCAUGUCGCUGGAGCUCACACUGUGUUACUGCAGUGCCUGUCACAAGGGCGGGGUGGACUUGGAGCACCUUGGAGCGUUUCAGUGUGGGAGUUCUGUUAGUGAGGACUGAGCACUCUCCUGUUCUCUGUGUGUGUAAUGAAACCGCGUUUUGUGAA